AAAACAACUGUUUUGGGUGUUUUCCCAGUGGUUUGUCGAUCGAAUCUUAAAAUUUCGAAUUUAAAAGAAUAUAAAAGUAAAAAGUGUAACGUGGACAGCGAGGCUCGCCUGAGGACCUGACGAACCGGAGCCAAGAAAUAUAUCUCUUUGUGCUUGUGUGUGUGCGCGAGUUCAUUUCUGUAUUUGCUGUAGGUGUGCGGAUUGAUUCAUAUUAUUUUAUUACGUGAGCCAGUGACAAUAUUUCGACAAUACAAGGACGAGGCAGUUUUAGUUAACGAACGAAGGCCGAUUCUACAUCCAGAUCUUUUUAUCGUUCAAAGUGUGUAAAUAAAUGCUCUUUGUGAUGUAGAGCUGCUGAAGGCCCCCUUCCCACCCGGGGGCCCAGCCAUAGCCAUGCAAUGAGAAUUAAUACAUACAUAAAACAAAACUACGUAAAAAAAAGAAAACAGUCGGUAUACUAGAUAGCCUUUUACGCCGCAAUUGAAAAAAAAAUCGGCAGCAAGAAGAAGAAACAAACAUACGUCAAAUAUCACCAAUACAGUGGCAUUGGAUGUGUCGCGUAUUCGAAAUUUCUGGCUGCCCCACAAACAACAACAACAACAACAAGAUAACUCCCCCGACAUCCGUUCAAGAAUUGACAAUUGCUACGUAGAAUUAUGAACGUAGAGAACUUGAAAACACCGCCAACGCAGCUUCGUAAUUUGGUCAAACACGUGAACAAGCGAAAUUUUAAUGAAACCAGCCAGCAAAUAAACCAGUUCAUCAAAGACCACGGCCUGGAAGCUGAUCGUAGCAGUCUGCGCUAUCUGUUCACUGCGAUCAACUUCAGUGACCUAUCGCCGACCGUCACCGUCCAGUUGCAAGCCAAAUUACUCGGUGGCCAGUUGCAGCGGCAGUUGCAAAGCUCCUCGUUUGUGUCCAACAUCUGCUUCGCGUUUGACCAGCACUUUGCCAACAGCCAAAAGUCUCUUAAGCCGUCUGAGACAGCAGAGCUCAUUGGCCAGGUGUGCAGACUGACCGGCAUAAACAAGCUCUGCGAGUGCGUAUUUGCCUUGGCGGUGACCCACUCGUCGCAUCCAGAGCUUCGAGAAUCGGCCAGAGACUGCUUGCGAGGCUCCAUAACCGAGCUGCUCGAUUCCUAUUUGGGGAACAACAACAGCUCCUCAGCUACCAGUGGGCUGCAAGAUAUAUCGAUCGAUCUUCUGCAGUAUUUGCUGUGCUGCCUCAAGAAAUACGUGACGCCGAAGCUGCACGAGCAAUUUUUGAUCAAACUACGUGAGGAGUUUCCGCGGCAGGCGGUGCCUUUGAUUUUGGCGCCGUUCCUUUACGGCUCAACGACGGCGGCGACCUCGAAUCCAGUUGGGGCCAACGCCAGCGAAACUGAUGCAGAGGCUGAGGCAACGACAACGACAGAGACAGAGACGGCCAGCAGCAGCAUCAGCCCCAGCACCAGCAGCAACAGUUGCGGCACGGAUGCCUUGAAUGAGGUUGGAAUCGAGGAUAUCUAUGAUCAUUUAAGCGAAAUAAUAUUCACAAACCAGGGUAAAAAUAAUAUUAUGGACACAUCUUGGAUUAAUAUAAUCCUUGAAAUCGGUUACGAAUUUACAUCGAGCGUCGAAGAGUGUAAAAAUCACCUGUGCUCUCGCGAACGAGAGCGCACCGAACUCCAGCCAAAAGAUGUUGCCAAAAUCGUUGGUCUCAUGUGCCGGCGGCACUCGUCUUUGCUCGAUUGUAAUGUUAAUCUACCGACGCCAGCUAAUUUCUGGCCUGGACAAGGUCAAGGCGGUGGCAGCAACAGUAGCGGGGGCUCGUCCCAAGCACAGGCCACAGCGCAGCAGGGACAGAACUCAAGCAGCAACAGUAACAACAACGAUGGAGCCAGCGACGGUGGAGGCAGCUCGUCCAGUGAUAAGAAGGACAAGAAGGAGACGACAGAUGCCACACAGACAUGGAAGCCGGAUGUCUUUGUGCAGGCACUCAAGGAACUGGUGCCACAGCUCAACUGGAAGGACGUCUGCAUUGAGCUCGAUCAUCCUGAGUUUGUGGUGAAGGAUCGCAUCGGCUUGGACCUGCUGUUGACAAUUAUGCGACUGGCCACCCAGUCGAACAUCUUUCCACAUCCAGAAUGCAUUUACCGCCACUGGGCCAACACGGAGGGACAGCUGUCGCUGAUCUCGACGCUGCUAAAGAAUCCGGAUCUGUUCUCCUUUGCCGACUUUGUGUUCAGUCAGCCAACGCUGGAUGUCCUGAAGACGGCACCGGAUGCGGACAACAAGGAGAUUUCGGCCUGGAAGUCCCUCCACCUUGUCGAGGUCCUGCUCUCUAUUGCGGACAAGGGCUACUACACGCAGGUCCAUGAGCUGUUCAAGUUCCCUGCACAGAACUGCCCGGACGUCCUGUUUUUGGCACUGCUGCAUAUAAAUCCACCACUGACACCGCUGCGGCAGGACUUGUUCAAUUUGUUGAUACCGAUGUUCCUCAACAAUCAUCCCAACUCGAAUGUGAUCCUGGCCAGCGCCUGGAGCUCGACCAACUUUUCGCUGCGGCCGAACAUUAUGAACGCCAUGUCCGAGUGGUAUCUGCGCAGCAGCGACUUUGAUCAGGUGAAGCUGUCGCGCAUUCUCGAUCUCGCGCAGGACCUGAAGGCGCUCUCGUCGCUCCUGAAUGCACGCUCCUUUCUUUUCAUCAUCGAUCUGGCUUGCCUGGCCUCCAGGCGGGAGUACUUGAAGCUGGAGAAAUGGCUGACCGAUAAGAUCCGCGAUCAUGGUGAGCCCUUCAUGCAGGCCAUGAUAAAGGUGCUGCUGCGGCGCUGCCCACAGGUGGCCAAUGCCAAGGUGCCCGAGGAACAGUUGCCACCGAAACAGGCCCAGCUGCUGCCCGAGACGGUAACCACGAUGAUCAAUUGCCUCCAGACGUGCAUCAACAGUUGCAUGCAGCCCGAGCUGGUCGAGAUGAUCAUGCAGAUGACCGCCAAUGUGGCCAUUAUGGCGAAUAAGGCACGUGCCCAACAACAGCAGCAGCAGCAGCAACAACAACAACAGCAGCCCGGUCUGGUGCCGCCACCGCCGCCGAGUAUUCUGCGUCAUCGCGGGAUGGAUCUACCCGGUGGCAUUGUUCCCCCAUCACCGCAGCAGCAGCAGCAACAGCAGCAGCCCUUCUCCGGCAGCCUCAAUGCCCAGCAAAUGUUUGGCCCCGGCAUGGAUCCACUCACCAAUAUGUCGAACAAUCUGGCAGGCCUCAAUCUGAGUGGACCGAAUGGAGCCUUCAACUUUGGAAAUAUGUUAACAUCUCCGUCCCGCCUGAUGGGUCCCGGAGGCAGCCCCUAUCCUCUGAAUCCCAUGCAGAUGCCGCAGCCUCUACCGCCGCCACCGAAUGUCGGAAAUCUGGGUCGCAUGAUACCCGGGGGACCGCAACAGCCGCCGACACCAUCAUCGGCACCGCCGACGGCACCCAAUCCCAACAAUCCGGUGAUGGCUGACCUGCAGAUUCCCGUGUCCAAGGAGGUGGAGGAUGAGGUGAACUCGUAUUUCCAACGCAUAUACAACCAUCAGCCCAAUCCGACGCUCUCGAUUGACGAAGUGCUGGACAUACUGCAGCGCUUCAAAGAGUCCAGCAAUCGACGGGAGCAGGAGGUCUUCCUGUGCAUGCUGCGAAACCUGUUCGAGGAGUAUCGCUUCUUCUGCCAGUAUCCGGAAAAGGAGCUACAGAUCACCGCUCAACUGUUUGGCGGCAUCAUAGACCGCAACCUGGUGCCCACUUUCGUGGCGCUCGGUCUCUCGCUGCGCUGCGUCCUGGAUGCCCUGCGCAAGCCAGACGGCUCCAAGCUCUAUUACUUUGGAGUGACGGCCCUCGAUCGGUUCAAGACACGACUUCACACAUACAACAAGUACUGCGAGCAUAUCCGCUCCAUUCCGCACUUCUCGGACUUUCCGCAGCAUCUCAUCCAGUAUGUGGAAUAUGGGAUGCACGGCCAGGAGCCGCCGCCGCAUAAGCUGGUGGGCCUGAGCAACACAAUCUCGGCCCUGGCCACAGGACCACCGACGGAACCGCUCUAUCGCACCAGUGCCAUGCAAGGCCAUGUGCCGGCAACUGCAGCUCCCAGCUCCGGCCAGAAGACCGCUGUGGCUGUGUCGCAUGCCACACGUAUGAAGUCUAUUGCCAAUGCGACAAAUAUCGACACUCUGCUGGUGGCCAAUCAGGAGGAGAAGGUGACGGUGCCGCCGGAACCGGUGCAGGACAAGACGGCCUUUAUAUUCAACAAUCUCAGUCAGCUGAACAUACCGCAAAAGUGCGAUGAGAUCAAGGAGAUUAUGACCCAGGAGUAUUGGCCAUGGCUGGCCCAGUAUCUAGUCCUCAAGCGAGCCUCCAUGGAGUUCAACUUUCACACGCUCUACUACAACUUUCUGGAUGCGCUCAAGAACGGCGAGAUCAAUCGUUUUGUGACCAAGGAGACGCUGCGCAACAUCAAGGUGCUGCUGCGCUCCGACAAGGGUGUGAUCAACUUCUCGGACCGCAGUCUGCUGAAGAAUCUCGGCCACUGGCUGGGCAUGAUGACCCUGGGUCGCAACCGACCCAUUCUGCAGCUUGACCUCGAUCUCAAGUCGCUACUGGCCGAGGCCUAUCACAAGGGGCAGCAGGAGCUACUGUUCGUUGUGCCUUUUGUGGCAAAGAUCUUGGAAUCGUCGGCAAAGUCGAAAAUCUUCCGUUCCCCCAAUCCCUGGACAAUGGGCAUCAUGUAUGUGCUGGGGGAACUGCAUCAGGAGCCGGAUCUCAAACUGAACCUCAAGUUCGAAAUCGAAGUUCUCUGCAAAACACUCAAUCUGGAGUUGGCCAAGUUGCGGCCAGUCAUCUACCUGAAGGAUCCAACCCGGGCCCUGCAAAUCGAGCAGCAAAUGUCCCAGCCGAAGCCCAAGCAGACGGAAUCUGUGCCUUCGCCGGCAGCAAUCCAAGCGAUCCAACAGCCACCGCCGCCGCAGCAGCAGCAACAACAACAACAGCAACAGCAACAGCCGCCACCACAGCAACAACAGCAGCAGCAGCAGCAACAGCAACAGCAACCUCCUCCACCGCCUCCAGCGGAGGUGGAUGCCGCCCAGGCAGCAGCCAUGAUGAUGAACGCUGCUGGAGGAGGCUCGAACAACGCAUCAGGAUCGGUUGCCUCGCCCAGUCUGCCCAUCGAUCCCAGUCAGGUGUCCCUGCCACCGCCAGAGCCACGCUACUCUUACGUGGAGGUCAACGUGACCAACUUCCAGCUAAUAGCCCAGCAGCUGGUGCUGCCACCCAACAUACCCUUCCUGCACGCCAAUCCGGGCAUCAAGCACAUCGUCAUCAAUGCCGUGGAGCGCACCAUUACCGAUUGGCUGCAGCCCGUCGUGGAUCGCAGCAUCCGCAUCGCCUGCGCCACCACGGAGCAGAUCAUACGCAAGGACUUUGCCCUGGAUGCGGAUGAGAACCGCGUGCGCACUGCUGCCCACCAAAUGGUGCGCAAUCUUGCUGCCGGCAUGGCCAUGAUUACCGGCAAAGACGAGAUCGCGCGCGCCAUUAGCCAGAAUCUACACAAAGCCUUUGUGUCGGCUCUGACGGGCAUGCCCAGCCUCUCGGAAAUUCAGGCCGCCUCCAUGCAGCUGGCCAGCGAGAAUGUGGAGCUGGUGUGCGCCUUCAUCCAGAAGACAUCGGCCGAGAAGGCGGUCCUCGAGAUCGAUCGGCGCCUUUCCACCGACAUCGAGACGCGGAAGAUUGCCCGCGAGGAGGGAAAUCGCUUUGUGGAUGCCCAGAUCUUGAGCUAUCAGCAGGAGCGACUGCCGGAGGCUGUGCGCAUCAAGGUGGGCGCUGCCCCGGCCACACUGUAUGCGGUAUACUCGGAGUUUGCUCGCACCAUUCCGGGAUUCCAGCAGAUGAGCGACAGGGACAUUGCCCUGUUCGCUCCCAAGCCGCAGGACCUGCCACCGCCGAAUGUGUUCGCCAACGAUGACAGCAGCAUGGUGUACGCCGAAGUGGCCGCCAAAAUGGAGGCCUUUAUGAACACGGCCAUUAAUGUGCCGACGCUGCAGCUGCAGGCCGGCAAAAUGCACAUGCUCCUCAACGCCCUGAUGUCUACGCGUCGUCUGCGCGAUCAGGAGUCUGCGUUCAUUCUGCUGACCCGCGCCGUCGAGGGUCUCACCGAGGGACUCAUCAACGUCCAGGAGCACUUGGAGCAGAUGAAGCUCUAUCGCGACAUUCACCUGCGCAUCCUCAGUCUGCUGCACAACAGCUUUGGGGCCCCCAACACCGAGAGAGCGGUGACCAAGUGCUUCUUCGAAAUCCGCGAGGAAGCCCGCUUCAACGUGGAGGCCGCCCGUGCCCUGAUCACUGCGCACUUUGUCAACCUCAAUCAGUUCGAUGGCAUGCUGCGCGACUGCAUGGACAAUGGCAACAAUUACAUGGCCAUCUCGUUUGGAAUUGGUCUGAUCGAGCGCCUUAUUGUGGAGGAUCGGGCCAUUAACAUUGUGUCCGACAACGAGUUCAUGGCCACCGUCGAGCUGCUCGGCCGCCUCACCCAACAUCGCCAUCGGUAUCCCGAGUGCAUUGUCAAUGCCAUCGAUACACUGUGGUCCGGCAACUUCAACUCCACCGCUGACUACAGUCAGUUCAAUGCCAACGAGCGUUCUCUGGCCGGUGCCUCCCAGUACAUACACUCCGGCAUGCUUCACGUUAGGACAUGCGACACAGACGAUCCGCCAGGCUUGCAGGAGAAGACCGAGUUCUUGCUCAAGGACUGGGUGGCCCUCUACGCACAGCAGACCCAACAGACGACGCGCGAUGCCCGGAACUUUGGGGCCUUUGUCCAGAAGAUGAACACCUAUGGGAUACUAAAGACAGACGAUUUGAUCACACGCUUCUUCCGGCAGGCGACGAACAUCUGCACGGAUGUGGUGUACCGCAUGUUUGCGGAUCCGAGCAUGCCCAUUAACCAGGCGAAGAACAAGAUAUUCCAGUGGAUCGAUGCGUUUGUGCAUCUGAUUGCGAUGCUCGUGCGACACUCUGGCGAACCGGGUAACCCCACAACCAAGAUCAACCUGCUGAACAAGGUGCUGGGCAUUGUGCUGGGCACACUGCUCAAGGAUCACGAGAUGCGUGGCGUUAGCUUCCAGCAGGUGGGCUACCACCGGUUCUUCAUGAUGCUCUUCAUGGAGCUGUGCUCGGCCGAUGUCAACCUGGACGCGCUGAUGCACAGCAUUGUGUCGGCCUUUGCCUACACAUACCACCAGCUCAAACCCAGUGUGGCGCCCGGCUUCUGCUUUGCCUGGCUGGAGCUCAUUUCACACCGCGUCUUCCUCGGCCGGAUACUCGUUCAGAUACCCGGCCAGAAGGGCUGGCCACUGUACGCCCAGCUGCUGCAGGAUCUUUUCAAAUAUCUGGCCCCAUUCUUGCGCAACACGGAGCUGGGCAAACCCGUGCAGCUCCUCUACAAGGGCACCUUGCGCGUCCUUUUGGUGCUGCUGCACGACUUUCCAGAGUUCCUGUGCGACUAUCAUUUCGGGUUCUGCGACACCAUACCGCCCAACUGUGUUCAGAUGCGCAACAUCAUCCUGUCGGCAUUCCCGCGCAACAUGCGCCUGCCCGACCCCUUCACGCCCAACCUCAAGGUGGACAUGCUCUCGGACAGCAGCAGCCCCAAGGUGCUCAGCAGCUACAUCUUGAACAUCAAGCCGCCGAACUUCAAGAAGGACCUCGACUCUUACAUCAAGGCACGCGCCCCAGUUACCUUCCUCUCGGAGCUGCGCGGCCAUCUGCAGGUGACCAGUGAGCCGGGCACCCGCUACAACAUGACACUGAUGAAUGCCCUGGUCAUGUAUGUGGGCACACAGGCGAUUGCACUCAUCAGGAACAAAAACUUUGUGCCCAACACUUCCAACAUAGCACACAGCGCGCACAUGGAUAUCUUCCAGAAUCUGGCCGUUGACUUGGACACCGAGGGUCGCUAUCUGUUCCUCAAUGCGAUUGCCAAUCAGUUGCGGUAUCCCAACAGCCACACGCACUACUUUAGCUGUGCCGUCUUGCACUUGUUUGCCGAGGCAAACUCGGAGGCGAUCCAGGAGCAAAUCACGCGUGUUCUACUCGAGCGUUUGAUUGUGAACCGGCCGCAUCCGUGGGGUCUGCUCAUCACCUUCAUUGAGCUGAUCAAGAACCCCAUCUACAAGUUCUGGGAUCACGAUUUUGUGCACUGUGCUCCGGAGAUAACCAAGCUCUUCGAAUCUGUGGCUCGCUCCUGCCUGGCCAAGUCGAACGUCACCCAGCAGCUGAACAUGGCCAUCGUCGAUGGAGAGAGCCAGGAGGUGGGCAACAUUAACUGAGAAAACGCUACGGUUCGCCGCUUCUGCCAGCAGGUCUGUGCCCUUAGAGGCAGACGCAGGCAGUAGCCCCCAGCCCCAUGCCCCAUCCCACUGCAAGCAGCCGUUAAUUGAACUCUACCAUUUAUUAUUCUAUUUAGUUGUUAGUAAAUCGUUUUUAAGGAAAAAGUCAAAUUACGCAGAAAAAACAUCAUAAGCCACAAAAACAGAACCAGAAACCGAAACAAUAAGAACAGCAGGCCAGGCCUAACUGCUGUGGUCGUCGAUAAGAAACGAAAUCCCGAAACUCGAGCAAGAGGAAACGAUUGUAACAUUUUAAAUGCACCUCUUCACAAACAAAAACAAAAGUAAGAGAAUGUUAUAAAUUUUUAAUAGAAAUGUAAAAAAAAAAACUGUUGUAAAGUAAUCAAAAAAGAAAAAACAAAAUGAGAAAAAAAUCGAGAAAAGAAAAAUGAAAAAUAUUUUCAACAAAAAAAUUGCAAAAACGUACAAUGAAAAUGUGAAAAAACUAACAAAUGCGAUGUAAAUAUGUAGAUGGUUGUUGCUACAGACUUAAUAAGAACAAUCAGAGGAAAAUCCAUAAAGAGACGGUAGCAACAACAACAUUUUAUAUAUGUAUACAUACAAAUUCAUUCAUGAACAACCACACAAAGAUGAUAUACCCUAUGGCGCCCACUCUCAAACGGGCGGGAUACUGAUAGACAUAAAUCGAAGUAGAGGAAGAAUAAUUGUAAAAUUCUCAAGUCAAGUCCCUUAACUCUAUGAUAUAUAUUGUUUUGUCACAUCUAAACCUAAACCUAAAACAAGAGGUUCUUCAGUUAGUUCUCAUCGUUUACUGUACUUUAAUUUUUUAAAUGUGCCGACAAAGCCACAAAAAUCAAUCCAUGCCUGAUCUUAUAUUCAUUGUAUACUACUACACUACGUUGUUGUUUUUUAAUAUUUUUACAAUUAUUUACUGAAAUGGGAAUAUGCAUUGGACUCCAACUCCAACCUAAGAUUGUAAGCCCUGUAAUCGUCAUCCCUUGUAGAGAUAGAGAUAAUGGUGUGAGAUCAGAGUAUGCAGUAUGCAGUAGAGAGUGUGGCAAACAGUCGUAGCAAUUAUCUAUAUAUAAAUAUAUAAAAAUUGUAUUUCUAAAUAUAAAUACGUAAUUUGUAAAUCAAAUCGGUGUUGAUUGUGGCCGUCGGAGUGCAACUGGAGCGGAUGGAGGCAGUGGAAGAUAGUGAACAGCGCCAGUUAGGACUAUCUUGAAGGUUACUGCAGCAGUACUGUCGCCCCUCUCUCUCACGCACCCACUGCAGCAGCGAGCAAAGCCCAACUUUAUUAGUUUAUAUUAUACAUACAUUAUAUAUAUAUACACAUAAAUAGCAACCAGAACAUUCAUUGUAUUUACGCACGUUAAAUUGUAUUUUGAAUUAAACUGAAUUGAAGCAUCAUU